AUGCGCCGCUCCGCUCACGCCAUCGCCACCUGCACUUCGAUGAGCCCGGCCACCAUCGCCGCUGUUGUGGCGCAGCCGCGCAGGGAUCCUGCGCCCCUGCCUAUAACAUGCAACACGUCCCCUCGCACCGAGGUCAAGACGUUUCCGCUCUCGCACAUGAUCACGCCACAGCUGCGUGGCACCGGUGUCUUCAGCUAUGUUGAUGGCACCUCGCCGGAGCCGGCCAAGCUCCAAGCCACCAAGGACAAGGACGGCAAGGAUACCUUUGUGCCCAACCCUCUCCACCCCAUCUGGGUGGUGCUCGUCACGGUGACCACGAUCACCACAGCGCAGGCGCUCUGGACGACGCUGGCGGGCAUGUACUCGUCGCAGUCGCUGAGCCGCGUCAACAAUAUCCGUACCUCGCUCAUCAACACGCAGAAGGGCACCCAGUCCGCCGCCGCCUACUUCACCACCAUGCGCGGCCUCGCGGACGAGCUGGCUGCGGCCGGCAAACCCAUCCAAGAUGAUGAACUGAUCUCGUACAUCCUCCACGGGCUGGAUCUGGAGUACCAGCCCCUCGUCUCCGCCCUUAAUGCGCGCGUCAGCCCCGCCUCCCUCGACGAGAUCUUCUCCAUGCUCAGCAACUUUGACCAGUGCAUGGCGCAAUUCCAGAACUCCAGCGACUUCAAAUCCUCCGCCAACCUUGCUUCCCGUGGUCGUGGCGGCGGCUCUCGCUACUGUGGUCCUUCCUGUGGCAAGGGUAGGUCCGGUGGCGCCGGAACCAGCAGCAGUGGCGGAACCAGUGGUGGUGGCGGCCGUGGCAACAGAGGCCGUCGUGGUGGCGGCUCUAGCAGAACUCGCCCGGACGCCUCGCGCUGUCAGAUCUAUGGCAAACCAGGCCACACCGCCAAGGACUGCUGGUACCGUUAUGAUGAAGACAAGGACGACUCCCAAGAUGAUGACAAGAUCGCUGCGGCGGCUGAUGGCUCGUAUGGCGUCGACACCAACUGGUACCUCGACAGCGGCGCCACCAAUCAUCUCACCGGAGAACUCGAGAAGGUGACUCUUCGUGAGAAGUACCACGGCAAGGAUCAAAUCCACACCGCCGAUGGUGCAGUGCCCAACAUAAGGGUGUCAAAUGUCUUGAUGUCUCCUCUGGACGUGUGUAUAUUUCACGUGACAUUGUCUUUGACGGGACCAAGUUUCCGUUUGCUGAUCUUCACCCCAAUGCGGGUGCACUUCUCUGCAAAGAAGUUCUACCUCUUCCUCCUCAUCUCACUGGUUUUGAUCACGGGGGUGAUAACUGUAAUGAUCAAGCAAGGGGAACAAAUCCUCCUCGGGAUCCGUCCAGCCAGGUGCGCCAGCAGAAUCGUCCUCAGGAUCGGCGCGGCGAGACGCGGUAGGCAGGUCAGGCGGAUCCGCCUCAGAUUCCGCGCCAGGCAAACCAGGCAUGGGCCACCGCGCAGUGACAGCGACGUCGAGCCUGUCACGCGGCACCCUGUGGCUGGGGAACACACCUCCUCCGCCCCGCGCCGAUCAGGCGAUGAAAGGUGGCGCACCGCCACUGGACCUAUGGUGGCACGGUUUCCGGCUCAGCCGGUCUGCUACAAACGACGCAACCUGCGCCACCCGGCAGCUGCAGGCCCGAUCGGCGCGGGAUCCCGUGCUGAUACGUGGCCCACUCAAUCCUGCGCCAAUGAUGCGGCCUGCAAGGCGGGAUCUUCUGCGCUGGCUGCGGCGUCUGCGCCCUCCAACGCCAUAGAAGAUCCGGCUCAGGAGGACUUGGCGGCUGCUACUGGUUCAACUUCUGCCAUAGGAUCUUCUGUGGCAGAAACAACAGCUACAUCAUCUCCGCGACGUGAACCAGGUGAACCACACACCCUUGAGGAAGCCUUGGGUGAUGAGAAGUGGAAAAAGGCCAUGAAUGAAGAAUUUGUGGCACUACAGAAGAACAAAACAUGGCAUUUGGUUCCUCCACAGAAAGGGGCUGGAGUCUCAGGCAACUAG